CGAGGUUCCUGAGAACCCACACCCCUGCUGUGCAGACACCUGGCAGCCCAGACACCAUGAGCCUGCCCCCCACAAAGGUCUCCUGGGCCACCGUGUCGCUGCUGCUUCUGCUGCUUCUGCCACCCGCGCUGCUGUCCCCUGGAGCAGCUGCGCAGGCCCUGCCCGACUGCUGCCGCCAAAAGACCUGCUCAUGCCGGCUGUACGAGCUGUUGCACGGAGCGGGCAACCACGCGGCUGGAAUCCUCACACUGGGCAAGCGGCGUCCGGGGACCGAGGGGCUGCAGGGCCGGCUGCAGCGCCUCUUGCUGGCUGGCGGCAACCACGCAGCUGGCAUCCUCACCAUGGGCCGCCGUGCAGGUGCGCAGCUGGGGCUCUGAGCCCAUAGCGGCCCACUGGGGUCUGGGUCCAGGUCCUCAUCCACCCUACCUAACCUGCUCGUCAGUGAGGCAAUAAACGUGAGGCUCCGUG